AUGCCACGUGUCCUGAUAACCGGCGGUACCGACGGAAUCGGAAGAGAAGCAGCUCUGAAGCUCGCCGCCGAGAAACACGAAAUCACAAUUUCGGGAAGAGACCCGAAGAAAGCGAAAGACGUCAUCGAGCAGUGUCAGGCGAAGUUUAAUAACACACCGCGCUUCAUUCAAACCGACUUGUCACUGGCAAGCGAAGUGGUCAAGUUCGCCAAUGAAGUCGCCGGAGAGCAAUAUGACGUUUGUAUUCUCAACGCGGGUAUCAUGAAUCCAAAGCCAGGACGAACUAGCGAAGACCGUGAAGCGACGAUGAUGACAAAUCUCGUUUCGUCUUAUAUGAUUGCACAUAAGAUUAUGAACACGAGAAACGAUGAGUCCCGUCCGCUUCACUUUGUUUUCAGUACUUCGAUUUUUGUCAAAUUCCACAAUUCCACUCCCCUUGGUCUUCGCUUCUUCAACCCACAAAAAGUGUCGGAUUGGCAAAAGUCUCUAGUUCCUUCCGAUGUCUCUGGUCCCGGAAAGUACGCCAUCUCGAAGAUCGGUCUGGCAACUCUCUCCUCUUCGAUUUCUCUCGCAAAUCUUCCAAAUGUGACAGCGACAAGUGUUCAUCCGGGAACUGUCUACACUAAUAUCAUGUCAAAUCUCCCGGCUCGCCAGCAAUUCUACAUUAAACUCGCUCGUCCGUUCACCACUUCUCUCAGCGAUGCCGGCGCCAACUUGGUUCGUGCUGCGAAGAAUCCAUUGCCAGCUGGAAAAUUCUAUCUGGCCGACAAGCCCACUAAAUUGCCAUCGUUUGUUUAUUCGGAUUUGAGCAUUGCCGCUUUCGAGGGAGUCUUCGAGCAGUUCAAGAUUCGUAAUUGA